AUGAACCAACCUAUUAUUGGAACCCUGGAAACAGAUAGCUUGAAAAGUCACAUGCUCUGUCAUAGUGGAAUCAAGCCCUAUGAAUGUGCUGAAUGUGGGGAAGAAUUUGCACAAACAAGUGAUAUCCUGAAACACAUGAAAAGUCACACAUCAGUCAAGCCUUAUCAGUGCAUUGUGUGUGAGAAAACGUUUAGUCAAGUAGGCAGCCUGAACACACACAUGAGGAUUCACACAGGAAUCGAGCCUUUUAAAUGUGUUGAAUGUGGGGAAACAUUUACAGAUUCAGGUAGCCUGCAGAGACACAUGUGGAUUCACACAGGAAUCAAGCCUUAUCAAUGUGAUGAAUGUGGGAAAACAUUUACACAAUCAGGUCACCUGCAGAGACACAUGAGGAUUCACAGUGGAACCAAGCCUCAUCAAUGUGAUGAAUGUGGGAAAACAUUUACACAAUCAGUUCAUUUGCAGUCACACAUGAGAAUUCACAGUGGAAUCAAGCCUUAUGAAUGUGUUGAAUGUGGGAAAAAAUUUAAACACUCAAGUUGUCUCUCUGAACACAUGAAAAGUCACACAGGAGUCAAGCCAUAUCAGUGCAUUGUGUGCGAGAAAAAAUUUACAAGAUCAGCUGGCCUGGAGAGACACAUGAGGAUUCACAGUGGAAUCAAGCCUUAUCAGUGUAUUGAAUGUGGAAAAAAGUUUACAAGAUCAGGUCACCUGCAGACACACAUGAGGAUUCACAGUGGAAUCACGCCUUAUCAGUGUAUUGAAUGUGGAAAAAAGUUUACAAGAUCAGGUCACCUGCAGACACACAUGAGGAUUCACAGUGGAAUCAAGCCUUAUGAAUGUGUUGAAUGUGGGAAAACAUUUACACAGUCAUGUACUUUGCAGAGACACAUGAAGAUUCACAGUUGAAUCAAGCCUUAAGAAUGUGUAUAAUGUGGG